AUUGACUGCAAGGUGAAUGACAGCAAUGGCUCAUCUGAAGCUGCUUCUUCUCCUUCUGUGGGUUGGCAUCACAGUCAGCACAGGAGUAGAUUUGCACAAAAGGAUCUAUGGAGGCCAAAAGUGUCCAGACACUGAGCGUCGGUAUCACGUGACACUCAUGGCAAAACAUGGAACAAGUGGAAACACAGCAUAUCUCUGUGGUGGCUCACUGAUCCAUGAACGGUGGAUUCUGACUGCAGCCCACUGCUGGAAAAAUGAACCUGGAUGGGAUAUGUAUGUAACUUUAGGAGUUCAUCCACAACCAUCAUGGAUAAAGUUAUUAUUUCAACGAUCUUCAGAUAAAAAAAAAGAGGUGGAAAUCACAGGUAGAUCGUUUUUUGUGGGCAUAAAUACAUUUGAAGACAUCAUGCUACUGGAAAUUCCUCCACAAACAGGCAGGAAGACCGUUGCCUUACCAGACUGUGCAAAACCUCCCAAAGAAGGAGACGUCGUUCAGGUGGCAGGACUUGGUGGUUAUAUGGUAGAUGCCACCGGCCACACACUCCCUGACCAACCACCUCAUCUCCAAUGUGCAAACAUGCAUGUUGUUGACUGUGAGCCUACCAGAAACUUUGCAUGUCAUUCAGAUGUGCCGUAUGACAACAGGCUGUGUCUGGAAGAACCUAAUGUAGAUGCACGUCACGGUGAUUCUGGUGGUGGAGUGAUAUACAACAACAUGAUUUAUGGGGUAAUCAGUGGCGGUGGUAAACGUGUCUGUACUGAACCAGUUGUUACUGUGAAUGUCUGUCCUUACAUGAACUGGAUAAACCAGAAAAUUAAUCCAAAAAGUAAUGGAAAAUAACUGAAUGAAAAUAACAUUCAGAAUAAACAAUCAUCUCUACAUGAAA